UCUGGGACUCUAAGCAGCCAGCUUCCACACAAGGAAGGAUUUCAGUGCUUGGACCAAACGAAAUCCUUUGAGCUCAAUUCCGUGGCUGGUGCCAAAGUACAUUCUCACCUAAAGUUGUAAGGCAAAGCCUAUUUACAAGUGCAAUGCCUUGCCCACCAAGAUCAGAUGAGUUGGUUUUCUUCGUGAACGGGAGGAAGGUGAUAGAAAGGAAUGCGGACCCGGAAGUCACUCUGCUGACCUUCUUACGAAAGAACUUACGCCUCACAGGAACCAAGUACGCAUGCGGAACAGGAAGCUGUGGUGCCUGCACUGUGAUGGUGUCUAAGCAUGACCCCAUGUCCAAGAAGAUAAGACACUUCUCCAUCACCGCGUGCCUGGUGCCCAUCUGCUCUCUAUAUGGAGCUGCUGUCACCACUGUGGAAGGAGUUGGAAGCAUCAAAACCAAACUUCACCCUGUGCAGGAAAGGAUCGCCAAGAGCCACGGCACCCAGUGUGGGUUCUGCACCCCCGGGAUGGUGAUGUCCAUCUACACGCUGCUCAGGAACCACCCGCAGCCCUCAGAGGAUCAGCUCAUGGAAGCCCUGGGAGGUAAUCUUUGCCGUUGCACUGGGUAUCGGCCGAUUCUCGAGAGUGGAAGGACAUUCUGUGUGGAGUCAAAUGGCUGUCAACAGAAAGGAACAGGAAAAUGCUGCUUGGACCAGGGAGAAAAUGAUUCUUUCUCACAUGGCAAAAGCAGUGACAUUUCCACGGAUUUAUUUAUGAAAGACGAGUUCCAGCCCUUGGACCCUACCCAGGAUCUCAUAUUUCCCCCAGAACUCUUGAGAAUGGCAGAGAACCCAGAAAAAAGAACCCUGACCUUCCAUGGAGAGAGGGUUACCUGGAUCUCCCCUGGGACCCUCAAGGAUCUCCUGGAGCUGAAAGUGAAACACCCCGAAGCCCCUCUCAUCCUGGGCAACACCUCACUGGGGCCUGCAAUGAAAUCUCAAGGACAUUUUCACCCCAUUCUCCUCUAUCCUGCUAGGAUUUCUGAGCUGAGUAUGGUGUCUAAAACAAGUGAAGGACUGACAAUAGGUGCUGGCUGCAGUCUGGCCCAAGUGAAGGACAUCUUGGCUGAGAGGAUUUCCGAGCUUCCAGAGGAGAAAACUCAGACAUACCGAGCCCUCCUGAAGCACCUGAAGAGCCUGGCGGGCCAGCAGAUCCGGAACAUGGCCUCCUUAGGAGGACAUAUCAUAAGCCGGCAUUACAAUUCGGAUAUGAAUCCAAUUCUGGCUGUGGGCAAUGCUACCCUCAAUCUGAUAUCGGAAGAAGGUACACGGCAGAUUCCUCUAAACGAACAUUUCCUUGCUGGGUUGGCAAGUGCAGACCUUAAGCCGGAGGAAAUUUUGGAAUCUGUGUAUAUCCCUCACUCUCAAAAGUGGGAAUUUGUGUCAGCCUUCCGUCAGGCUCAGUGCCAGCAAAACGCCUUGGCCGAUGUGAAUGCUGGCAUGCGAGUCCUCCUCAAAGAAGGCACAGACACCAUUGAAGAUCUGAGCAUCGCCUAUGGUGGGGUUGGGGUGACCACCAUCAGUGCACACAACUCCUGCCAGCAGCUCCUGGGGAGGCGCUGGAAUGAACUGAUGCUAGAUGAGGCUUGCAGGCUGCUUCUGGAUGAAGUCUCCAUCCCAGGCUCAGCGCCAGGGGGGAGCGUGGAAUUCAAGAGGACUCUGGUGGUCAGCUUCCUCUUCAAAUUCUACCUAGAAGUUCUGCAGGAACUGAAGAAGCUAGUGAAGCUGUUCUCUGUGCCUGACUGCCUUCAUUAUCCUGAAAUUUCAGACCUAAGUGCUCUAGAAGAUUUCCCGGUCACAGUACCCCAGGGAGUCCAAAGGUACCAGAGUGUAGAUUCUCACCAACCCCUCCAAGAUUCAGUUGGACGUCCCAUCAUGCACGUAUCAGGUCUUAAACAUGCCACAGGUGAAGCCAUGUUUUGUGAUGACAUCCCCAGGGUGGAUAAAGAACUUUUCAUGGCAUUGGUGACCAGUACCAGAGCCCAUGCAAAAAUCAUAUCAAUUGAUUUGUCUGAGGCCCUUGAACUACCCGGGGUGCUUGAUGUGAUAACAGCUAAAGACAUUCCAGGCACCAAUGGUGCUGAAGAUGACAAAUUGUUGCCUGUAGAUGAGGUACUCUGCGUGGGCCAGAUCAUCUGUGCUGUGGUUGCAGAGACAGACGUACAGGCGAAGCGAGCGAUUAAAAUGAUAAAAAUCACCUAUGAAGAUCUGGAGCCUGUAAUCUUCACCAUCGAGGAUGCCAUAAAACACAACUCAUUCUUAUGCCCUGAAAAAAAACUGGAACAAGGAAACAUUGAGGAGGCAUUUGAAAAAGUCGAUCAAGUUGUUGAAGGAGAAGUCCAUGUUGGAGGACAGGAACACUUUUACAUGGAAACACAAACAGUGCUUGUUAUUCCAAAGACAGAGGACAAAGAACUGGACAUUUAUGUGUCAACGCAGGAUCCAGCCCACGUGCAGAAAACAGUGUCUUCUACUUUAAACAUCCCCAUCAACAGGAUCACCUGUCAUGUAAAACGAGUGGGUGGAGGUUUUGGCGGGAAGGUAGGAAGACCUGCUGUACUCGGGGCUAUUGCAGCGGUAGGCGCUAUCAAAACUGGUCAUCCCAUUCGUCUUGUUCUUGAUCGUGAAGAUGAUAUGUUAAUAACUGGGGGAAGACACCCACUAUUUGGAAAAUAUAAAGUGGGAUUCAUGAACAACGGGCGAAUCAAAGCUCUAGACAUUGAGUGCUUCAUUAACGGAGGGUGCACACUGGACGAAUCAGAGCAGGUUAUAGAAUUUCUUGUACUAAGGCUGGAAAAUGCAUAUAAAAUCCAAAACCUCAGGUUCCGAGGCCGUGCAUGCAUGACAAAUUUACCAUCCAAUACAGCCUUUCGUGGAUUUGGCUUCCCACAAGGAACCCUGAUAACAGAAUCCUGCAUCACAGCUGUGGCAGCCAAAUGUGGCCUUCUGCCAGAAAAGAUUAGGGAGAAAAACAUGUACAAAACUGUUGAUAAAACCAUCUACAAACAAGCGUUCAGCCCUGAGCCCCUGAUAAGAUGUUGGAACGAAUGUCUGGACAAAACUUCCUUUCAUAGCAGAAGAAUGCAAGUGGAAGAGUUUAAUAAGAAGAAUUAUUGGAAGAAGAAAGGCAUUGCUAUUAUCCCCAUGAAGUUUACAGUUGGCUUUGCUGCAACAAGCUAUCAUCAGGCAGCUGCACUCGUUCAUAUCUACACAGAUGGGUCUGUAUUGGUCACUCAUGGAGGCAGUGAACUGGGACAAGGUAUUCACACCAAAAUGCUACAGGUGGCCAGCCGUGAAUUAAAAAUACCCAUGUCUUAUAUGCACAUCUGUGAAACAAGCACAGCUACAGUGCCUAAUACAAUUGCUACCGCAGCAUCCAUCGGUUCAGAUGUCAAUGGCAGAGCCGUGCAGAAUGCUUGUCAGAUCCUUCUGAAACGUCUUGAGCCCAUCAUUAAGAAAAAUCCAGAAGGUACAUGGGAAGACUGGAUAGAAGCUGCUUUUGAACAAAGAAUCAGCCUUUCAGCCACUGGAUACUUCAGGGGCUACAAGGCCUUCAUGGACUGGGAGAAGGGGGAGGGUGACCCAUUUCCAUACUAUGUCUAUGGAGCGGCCUGUUCUGAGGUUGAAAUUGACUGCCUGACAGGAGCUCACAAGAAAAUCAGAGCGGACAUCGUCAUGGAUGCAUGUUGCAGCCUAAAUCCAGCCAUUGAUAUUGGGCAGAUUGAAGGUUCGUUUAUUCAGGGAAUGGGCCUUUAUACCACUGAGGAGCUAAAAUAUUCCCCAGAAGGUGUCCUGUACUCUCGGGGCCCAGAUGACUACAAAAUUCCAACCAUCACUGAUGUCCCAGUGGAGUUCAAUGUCUCCUUGUUGUCGUCAUCACACACCCCACUAACCAUCUAUUCAUCCAAGGGCCUGGGGGAGUCCGGGAUGUUCCUGGGGUCGGCUGUCUUCUUUGCCAUCGCUGAUGCUGUGGCCACAGCACGCAGAGAGAGGGACAUAGCCGAGCACUUCACAGUGAAGAGCCCGGCAACGCCAGAAUGGGUUCGAAUGGCCUGUGCAGAUCGGUUCACAGAGAUGAUCCCAAGAGAUGACCCUAAGACAUUUAAACCUUGGUCUAUCCCUAUAGCAUAACACUGAUGUCAUUUCCUUAAAAGGUGUUUCAAUUUUUCAGAAGUGAAAAGAUGACUUAUUAAUCCUAAUUGGAAUCCACACUGAUAUUCUUAUACUGUUGUGAAAAAAAAUUACACAAAAUUUAGAAACAUUAUUCAAGCCUAAUUACAUUAACAAGAUGAAUCAUUAUUUACAAAUAAUUUACUUAGACUUUCUAGCUUAGAGGCCACCGAACAAACCACUGCAAUAGUUCCAGCAAUCAAGUUGAAUGUUGAUUUGUUCCUGAAGAUAUGUAAAUAUUGCUGUAGAAGCAAAAUUUUCCUUUGUAUGUCCAUCCAAUCUAACUGGACUGGUAAUAGCAGUUACAAUCCUAGAAUGAAAGACACUUCUCAGUAGAUAAACAUGUGAUUACUUUUUCCAGGGAUGUGUUUGAUGCAGUGGCCACAGGUAGGGACACCAGAAGAGUUCUACCAAAAGAGUUUGGUUUGGGUUUUACUGUGGAUUAGCUAUGUGUCUGUGUAUGUGCAUUUGACAGCAAAGGAUUGGUAUUUUCCUUGUGUAGAUCAGCUAUUCAACUGGUUAACAAUCCUUUGGAAUUUGGGGGUAAAAAAUAACGUAAAAACAUUUUCAAUAUAUCACAAAACCCUUUUUUUUUUUAAUUUGUUUAUGAAAAACAUGCGAUCUGGUAUCAGAGUUUCAGAAAUACUUCAUUGCUCACUUUCCCGUAUAGCGAAGUGGGUAACACAGAGCAAAAGAAUUCUAAAUUGUAAUCAUGCCAAUGUUGUCGUUGAAAACAUGCAAGAUCCACCAAAUUCCGUUACUCUGAGUUUUAGAGGUCUUCAGAGGAGAAACGAAUUAGGCCUUAUUUGAUCAGAAAGAUAGGGGUAAACUGAUCCUCUAUCAGCCAGAAUUCACAUGACCAGGCUCACCAAGGCUUUGUCGGCAUUGACUCCUGAAGUAAAUGGAGGAGGAGAGGCUGAGCUGAGAGGCUUGGUGAUCAGUGAGACAAGGUAAAGAUUAGGCAUUCGGUACAGGCUGCAGGAGGCUGGAGGUCACAGGAGCCACAGAGCCCGUCUGAUUGAAAGGACUGGGAUACAGCUGUCCAAGGCCCGUUCGUUCAAUGACUUGUAGGCCCCACUAGGGCCACAGGAGUCCAAGGGAGGAAGUGAGACAGGGGCACAAAGAGAAAGGAGACAGGAGCAGAGGGUCGUGGACAGGACAAAAAUCACACAAGAUUUUUGCACACAUGAGCAGAAGAGCUGAGGAAUUUAGAGGGAGUAGUCAGGGUGAAAUAAGCUGAAAAUAAUAAAAACAAUAUUGGCUCUUGAAAAUAAAAUCCUUAACUGUAUAAUCUAAUAUGAAUGUGAGAAAUGUGUUUUAUCAUUUUAAAUGAUGGUGACUAUAAUUUGUCAUUUGUUUAAUUUGGUCUGUUAGAGCUACGGAUGGCUGCUGGCCAUUUUCCAUUUGUCAUCACUGAGAACUAGAAAACAUUAAAAAUAGAGGGAUCUGAAUAAAAAUUGUUUGGGUGAAUUGGUGCCCUAAAAUCUGGAUGGCAUGGAUAUGAAUAAAAUACUUUUUUUAAAAGACACAUUUGAAGCCAGAUGCUUUAAGCCAGUUCUUUGGGUUCAAUAAGCAUUGUUAAAGGAUGAAACUUUACUAGAUUUUUUGACUAAUUAAUACAUUCACGUGGUUCAAAAAUAUGAAACGGUAUAUAGCGCAAAGACUUACUCUCAGACCAUCGCCAUCCAGCCAAUUCUCACACAAGCAUAGUGUAACCACUUU